AUGCCUGGGGCUGGAGAGCCAUAUUGGCUGGAAUUCAAAGAUGUCAGGGCGGACCUUGGACAAUGGAAGAUAUUGAUGUCCGGGAGCUUCAUCAAAGAUAAACCUGGACUGUCUGUCAAGCGAGGCAGCUAUUCAACUGGCACUCUUUACAUGACUUGCUGCAACAACCCUAAAGGUAUCCGGUACCUAACAGAGAAGACUUUUCUGAUCAUAGUCAUACCAGGCCUGAAAGAACCAAAAGUUGAAGAGCUUAACAAAAUUCUCAAGCCAUUUGUCAAUGACAUGCUAAAUUUAUACAAAGGUCAAUCUUUUUGUAUUCCUGGACAUCAAGACAAAAAGCCCACCAACUCAAUCAUCAAUAGUGAAGUAUCAAACCUUCCAGCUAGCCGCAAAAUAGAGGGACUUGCUGGCCAUUCAUCACAGCUUUUCAUUAAGUAG